AUGUCGCCGCCGCCUUUAAAUGCUCGGGCUUGGCGUCGCCGCUGGUGCGGCGGCGGCAGCGGCGGCGGCGGCGGGCUGGGCAGGGCUCCGGCUUCUCGGCGCUGGCGGCAGCGGCGGCGGCUGCUGCUCAGGAUGAGGGCUGCCGUCGCUCUGCUCACCAUGCUCGCCAGCCUGCUCCUCUUCCUGUACCUGCUGUGGCUCACAGCCGACGGGCCCCUGAGCUCCAGGGACUGGAAAGGCGAAGCCAAGAAAGCCGUCAACUUUAGCCCCGAAAUGCCCAGGAGGCUCAGUUUCCCCUCGGCACCGGCCGCCCUCCCCGCAAACAGCACAAAUCUGGGUAUAAAAAAGCCUCUCCACCUGCCACCAGAAUGCAAAAACCUACAAGAAACACUUUGGUCUUCGUUUAUGAAAAAGAAAAGGUAUUCGGAAGAUUAUUACCUUGAAAUUAUUACAAAUGUACAGAACUGCAAAUGGCAACGACAACCUGAAGAAUAUAAGAAAUUCAGGUCAAAACUUGCUUCUUGCUGUGAUGCCACGCACAACCUUGUCAUUUCUCAAAAUAACACUCCACUUGGGAGUAACAUGAGUUAUGAAGCAGAGAGGGCCAGCUUCCCUAUUGAAAAGGGCAUUUUUCGAAUGCUACCAGUGUCACAACCAUUUGUGGGGCGUCCCUUUAAUCAGUGUGCAGUGGUUGGAAAUGGGGGAAUCCUGAGGAACUCUAUCUGUGGAGCUGAAAUAGAUAAGUCUGACUUUGUUUUUAGAUGUAAUCUCCCCCCAAUCACGGGAAAUAUUAGCAGAGAUGUUGGCAAUAAAACCAAUCUGGUCACUGUUAAUCCCAGCAUCAUUGGACGGAAGUAUGGUGAAUUAAACGUAAAUAAAUCAGCGUUUCUGAACAGCAUCGCAACCUAUGGAGAGGCAUUCCUUAUCCUGCCGGCAUUUUCUUUUAGAAGAAAUACCGAUGUCUCUUUUGAAGUAUACCACACACUCCGUGGUUUUAAAGCCAAACAGAAGGCUAUAUUUUUUCAUCCCAAGUAUCUGAAAAGCCUGGCCCAGUUCUGGAGAACUAAAGGUGUGAAUGCGUUUCGUUUGUCCUCUGGCUUAAUGAUCACAAGUGCUGCUAUUGAACUGUGUGAGAAUGUGAAGUUGUAUGGAUUUUGGCCUUUCUCCAAGACCACAAAUGACACCCCCAUCAGCCAUCACUACUAUGACAAUGAAUUACCGAAACCUGGUUUCCAUGCAAUGCCCAUAGAAUAUAGAGAAAUUCUUCAGCUUCAUGGGAAAGGUGUCCUCAAGUUACAAUUUAGUAAAUGUGAAGCAGCUUGA